AUGGGCCAAGUGUGGUGUAAAAAUAAAAAUUGGAAGGAACAGGAUACUAAUAAAUCUCCAUUAGACAGAGUUUUUUUGCGUUGUGCGCAACGAAUUUAUCCGAGAUUUAAAGAUGAUGGACUUAAUGCAGCUACUCAGAGAGUUUCGAGUUCUGAAAUCGGAUAUGCAGGAUCACCUUCAACGAAGGAAUUACUGCGAAGUCGCAGUAUCAGUUCCGUGGACCGUCCAUUCCAGCAGAGCGACUGGGUAGACGUUAACCUGGAAGUAACAACCCCGAAAACAGGAAAUAAAAAUAAAAACAAUAAUAACUUGACGAGCACGAACCGUUCAUUAGACUUGUCACUGUACCAAGUAAAAACCCCGGUCCCGGCUUAUAAGAAUUGUAAAACUCCGCCGGUGCCUCCGCCCAGGAAGAAAAGACGUAAAAAAAUACGAUCAUUACCCGCGUUGAAGAUUAAUGAACGUGCAAGUCGUAAUAACAUUGUUAAAAGUAAGAAAGAUGUUGAAGGAAAAGAGAAGCGCAGGGAAUUUUACGAACACAAAGUUAACGGGACAGGAGUAAUAAUUCCCAGCAAAGUUGUCUCAGGCUGGAAAUCUGCAGAAGGACUAUCUAGUCAUAAUCAAAAGUUACCCGAAAUUAAUAAUACUUUUAAAGUUAAUAAUAUAAGUACCAGUAGUUUGCCUAAUUACGAUCAAUUUAAAUUAUCUCAACUUUCAAAUGCUGAGAGUUGUAAAGAUCAACUAAAACUGAGUGGAAAUAAAUCCCUCGAGAGUCUAAAGUAUUGUAAAUAUCAAAACUCCUCUGGACGAAAGUUCACGGAGAAAACGUCUAGCAGGAUUCCGGUUAUGCAGAACAAUGAAAAUCUUAAAUUUUUGGUCAAAGGAACUUCAUCGUGUCCUAAUAGGAAUUCUAAUAAAUAUCAAGAAUCGAGGCCAGAAAGAAAAAAUAAAGAAAACGAACGGAAUUACUAUUCGCUAACUGGAGACUUUGAUAAAUUCAAACAACGAGAUGUAAAUUAUUUAUUUUCACCGAACGAAAUUACCACGUCACGUUCUCAUCCGUUUUUAAAUAACGAAAGCACUAAAACUGAUUACAACAGUGAAUUCCGGCCGAAAUUAAUCCUAAGGCGAGUCCAUUCGGACGACAACGGAUCAUUAGACAUAAUGUCAAGAUCAGAAGACUUUGUCACUAAAUCGAUAUCCGAAGAAUCGCUUCCCAGCGCGCUGAUGGAAGACGAUGACCUCAACUUAUUCGAGGACAAUACCAAGGACCCGGUCAAAAAUGAGAUCACGAAAAUUCGCGAGGAGCUCGAGGCAGUGACUAAUGAAAUAAAAACCCCGCCGCGGAGCCCUCAGCUCGCAAAAAACUCCACCAAGCUCAGGCUUCCAGAAGUUUACGCGGACAAAGAAAAUAUUAAUUCGAUGACUCCUAGUUUGAGCGAGUUCGAGGCGACGCUCUCGGAGCUCCUGGAGAACAAUACCCGAGAAGGUGUUGAUGGCAAAAAUCUCGGCGAUUCUAACUCCGACUCCGAGCUGGGUCGGGAUAAUAAUUUUAAGAGUCAGAGUCAGAAUGUCAGUCUGAUAAAUAUUCCAGCUCCGCCGAGGAGGAAGAGGAGGAAAACCCUCAAGUCUAAUUCUGAUGACUCGGGGUUUGAUUUUUAUGUCGAUAGACUUAUUUAA